UCUUGCAGAAACCUAGCCUCGUUAUCCUUGUCUCCGCCGCCGUGGCCAAGAAGCGAAAGCUUACCUCGCCCGCUGCGGCGGCGAAAUUGCACGCCGAAGCGGGUGCCUUCGAGGAGCAAGCAUCCGGAGAUGUCCCGGUCACUGAAUUUCAAGAGGGACAAACAUCCUGGGUAAUUUUCAGUCCUGGGUUAGGCUUGACAAACAUCCUGGGUAAUUUUCAGUCCAGUGGGGUGGAAGGAACUACUGGGGCAUUGCCAAACAACUCUGGGCAUUGUUUGCACAGUGGUGGUAUGGUGGUGGUGGUGUUGGGGAGAGUGUGAAUUCUGGGAUGAUGGGAGGUUAUGGUUCACAGGGACAUGCGCAAGGUGGAUAUGGAAAUUCCUCAACUGCACAGGGAAGCUCUGCUAGGAGCCAAACAGGACACGGGCAAACGGGUGGCCUAGGCCCUUACCUGGGUCAUUAGAUAAUCACAGGUAUAACUACUAUCAAAUUUUAACAGUUUUUACUGACCUUUCGCUUGUAUUUGAACUCCAAUCUGAAUCAAUUAGGCUUUGUUUACUGGGAUUGUGAGGAUAGAAAAUGAGAGAGAAGAGGAUGUGGGACAAAAACAUGAGGAAUAGAAUGGAAAACAAUUUCCUCUCCCAUACGAUUACUUGUAUAGACAGAAAAAAAAGAGGGAGUGAAAAAUAACAUUUUUUAUUGUCUAGUUAUCAUUUACUGACAGAACAAACUGCCAGUUAAUAUUUGCCAAUGUUGUCAACCAGUUUGUUACUAAUUGGCUGACGUUUAUGAGUAGAUUUAGCAUUCAUUCAGAAGCACUUCUUCCUUCCAAAUUUUAUUUUAGGGAUACGAUUGAAUGUUUUUUGUGGUUUGUAUAGUAGGAGCUGCAACAACAUGACACUAUGAGCAAUACAAACUAGUUUCUUUUUCCUUCUUUCUCUGUCUAUUGGCUUGCAGUGGCAACUAUUAGUUGCCCUGUUGGUUCCUGAUAUUUUCUUGUGCAAUUGUACCCUAGUGAACUCACUCCCUACCUUAUAGGAUUGUCUGAUUGUUGUUGUCAGCAUAGUUUUCAGAAUCGUAUGAUUCACAAAUUAUCAAACAAUACAAUGUGGUCCCUAUAUAAAACAAUAGGGUUCUUGCAUAUGAGUUGGAAAUAACUGUUACGAUUGAGUUCAAUUCAAUAUGAAUCUUAUAUUUGUAUACAAUUCUGAAUAUUAAAAAAAACAAUUAAAAGUUAAAUUUAACCAAUAAAAAAAUAAAUUAAAUGAAAUGUACUAUAAAUUAAACUGAGUUAACUAAACUGAAUUAAUAUAAAAGAAAGGAAGAAAUGAUGAAUUUAUAUUAUUCAAUAGAAGUAUGUGGUUAAAUAGAGUGAAAUCUCAACGUUGACUAUGAUAUGGAUGAAAACAUCUCUUCAAAUUGAGACACAAAAUAGAUGAUAGCCAAUUAUGAACUCGUCAUCGAUUAAGAAUGAAUAAAUCCUUUUAUAUUGAUAAAUAGAAUGACAAUAAAAAUGAUAUGUUAGUGAGUUAGAAGUCAUGUUAAGUCUAAGUUACCUACCUUUGAUGAGAAUGAUUCUGUAAGUCAAAAACAUUUGGUGAGUAAGUUUUCUAUUGCUUAUUUCAUUUAUAUUCUUAAUAGAAUGAAAUAAAUUAUAAAUUGUACAUUCUUAUUAGUGGGACACAUGAACUUGUGCAAUUUUGUUAUGAAUCAAAUCAAUUUAUUCUAUAUUGUUCAUCCCAAAAGGGUGUCCAAUCCAACCCAAAAUGCCAAGGCACUCACGAUGUAUUUAAACAUAAUUUAACUCCUCACAACAUGACAUCUUUUUUAGCAAAUCUAUUUUAUUAUGUUGUCAAAUGAAAUAUUAUAUUAUUUUACAUAUUAUUAGAUACCAAAAUUAUUCUGAAUUAAGUAAAAUUAUUUUUAAUAGAUUUUAUAAUUGUUAUCUGAACCUUAGAUUGACGGUUCGAUACAAUUGAUGAUUCAACAAUUAACAAAACUGAUUCAUGAUAUGAACCUUGAUUUGACAACCCCCAUUGAUUUUGUUUUUAUGGUUUUCUUACUAACUUUAGAAUUUCAAACAAAUUGAGGAAUUGCUUUUGAUGUGUUUGAAGGCACACAUUCUAAUGCUUCAGUUCUAUAAGCUCUUUGUUAUUCUUGGAUCUUUCUCAAUCAUAGUUGAUUCCUUCCCCUGUUUACGUGUGUAGUUUAUGUUUCCCUUUUCCAAGUCCCACCGUUCAUUUUUUUUCUCAUCCAUAAUGUUUUUUUAAAGAAGCCAGAAAAGUGUAGCUAAUUUAAUUUACUUGCAUGUUUGAUAUUUACCUGUCAUAAACACACCCUUGAGUUGGGACCCAUUGAAUAUAGUGCAAGUGUACUGAAAAGCUUUUCACAUGAAUCAAAAAUUAUCUUUGCUAAAUUUAAUGAGAAAUUCCAUUUAGAUCCACAUGGGGCCUUUGUAUUGCUUUCUAUAAAAUACAAUUGUCUGAUAAGUUCCCAAUAGUCGACCAUAAAUAGUUCCAAGUCUCAUGACUAAUGUUUCAAGUUAAUUCUCCUGUAAAUCUCAAUUAUUCAACAGAUUAUUACUUUAGUGAACUUACCUUUAAUUAAGACAUUUUGGUUAUUUAUGUUGAUCAUACUUUUAAUUAGGUCAUCUUGGUUGUUUAUGUUGUGAAGAAUGAUAUGCAACUGUUUGGUCAUAGUUCAUCAGAAAGGUUGCUGUGUUGUAUCAUCAAUUUCUGCCAUGAUAAAAUUCCACACUAACUUUUAAAAUGCUAACCCAAUUGGUAAAGCAUUAUAUUUCCAGCAAGUAUUAUGAGUUUAGUUUAUAUUUUCAAAAUUGCUAAGUUUAGGGAGUGAAGUAUUAUCAUUAAUGUUAAGUUUUUCUCUUCUAAACCUAUUUAUUUCUGUCAAAAUUAUCUGGCCAUGAGAUGAUUAAUUUUGAAUCAAAAUUUCUGGCAGCCUCUUCCCAUUAUUGUUUUUUUUUAAAUUCUUUUUUGCCAGCAUUUUGAAAACCUUUUGUGCAAAUGUUUUCACACUUAAUUAUAUUGCAGAUCCUUUCUUGGCGCAUAAAUCUUUUUUUUACUGGAAUGUUGCUCCUUCUGAAGUUCCUGCUUCUGCGAUCAAUAAAAUGAUUUUUUAACUUGUUUUGCAAUAAUUUAAAAUGAUGUUUUGAGCACCUCGGUGGUAAAAUGUUUAUCAUGAUCCUUUUGACUUAUGCAGUAUUUUGAGUUACUAUAUGGGCCUAUUUAAAUCCUCUGUCCUCUGAAUGGUUUCUUGUAAAGACCCUGCUGAUUUAAAACUCAAGAUUAUUUUUAGUUUAUUAUUAUUCUGUUACUAAUACGUUUACUAUGGUUCUACCAUCAACAUUUUUCUAGUCACGCAAUUGGUAAAAUUGGCAAGAAAUUCUUUCUACUUUACUUAUAGGUGUUGGUUUAUGUACUGAAUUCUCUUACAAAAUGAUUUUUUUAAAAAAAUUAAAGGUGAUGUUUGGGCUGUAAAUGGUUACAUAAUCUAUUAGUAUUUUUGGAAAAUAACUAUUCAACUUAUCAAAGUACAUUUUUUGUCUUUCAAAAAUGUUUAUUGAUUACAAAUGCUAUGAUUUGGCUGCUUGGCCAAAAAUUUGAUUUCGUUUUAAGUUCUUGAUUCAGUUUCUUUUUCUUGAUUCACCAUUUUGCACCAUAGCUCUUGUCCUUCUGGAUCAGUGGCCUUAUCAUAUUUUUGAAAUAAAUCUUACAUUGGAAUUAUUAUAUUGUGCAAUUAGGCACCGAAAGUAGAUCGCAUGAUUUGGUGUCAACUGUCAGUACUUUCGCUUUCUUUUCACUGUGUUUCUUCUCUGCACAGACCACCUAUAAGUUUUGGUCAAGUUGGAAUAGUCUGUUCGUUCAUUAAAACUAUUCAUUAUUGGCCAUUCUGAAAUCAUUAUUUAUUCCAUUAUGUCCUUAAAUUCUGUAAAGUUUUCUAGUCUGAAUUGGCAACAGCUUAUAUUUUUGUCAUUAUAGUGUCAAGGCUUCACAAGUCGUAGAGAUGUAGAUGAUCAAUUCUUAGAUUGGAUAAGUUGUUUGCAGACAAUCAAUCCUUAGAUCAGGAUAGCCACCUUCUCUCGCUUGAGUUCUGUGUACCUGAGAGGAAGGAAGCAGAAGGCGAAAGUGAGAAGAGAAAAGGGAGGGAAAGGAAAUGGGCAAAGCCUGGAAGAAUUGACUACCAUAGCAGUGAGAAGGGAAAGAGUGAAAGGAGGUGACAGUGAAAAAGUCAUUUAUCUCUGCUUGUAUUGAACAUUACUGCUUCCGGAGGAUUGUGAGGAGAGAGGGUUGCAUUGAGGGGCUUAUUGGACAUUUUCAUCCUAACAUGUUCCAUUCUGCUUUUGCUCGAUUUUGGACUGAGUGUCUCGAGGAUUAUGAGGGUGGAGAUGAGGAUAAGGAGGAGCAUCAUGAUGAGGAUCCAAUAAUAGUACCACUACCAUUUGUAGCUCUCAGAGGAUGUCAGGAUGGACACUCUAAGUUGGAGACAAACUUUUUGACACAUUAUCAUGUGUUUAUUGCUUGUCACAUACGUUCAGUAGAUGAGUGUGAGCUUGAUUGCAAUCAAGUUGCAACAACUUCAUGAGUAGGAUGAAGAAUACUGGAGAUAGAUAAUGGCCAUGUUCCAAGUGUGGAACUUAGGAUGUUAGUUCCCACUCGAGUAGUGUCGUAUCUUAGGGGCAUCCUAGUGUUGUGGAAACAAAUGCUCCUAGGUGGUUAGAUUUGUAUAUGUUGUUUUGAUGAUUUUGGUAAAGAGUUUAAGUUAUGUUUGACUUGUACCAAUGAUAUAUAGAAAUCGUGUGCCCAAACUUAAAAUAUUGCACAUAAAACUUGCGGAGUUGGUUGACUCAACACAGUAUGCUGGUUGCACUCAAUGGAUUAAGGCCUGGAAUGAAUGUCUAAGCUUUGGUAGAGCUUGGAGGACAGUCUAGAGCGUGUGGAGUGUUGAGUGGUGAUGUAGGAUUAGACGACGUGAUGCAAGCUCAAGGUGCUUGGUGUAUUUGAUUGACUAUAAGCGUUGCAUGAAGUGGGCUUUAGAGCAAGGAACAUCGAUGAGCUUAAGACAUGGAGAUAUGAGAGCGAGGGAGGUUUGUCUUUGGGUAGCAACAUCAAACACAAUGUGCUGGGUAGGGCAGACUACCUAAUUGUUUAUUUUGAAGCCUUUGACCAAGGGGUUGCUAGUCCCUAAUAUUUUAUGGAUUUAGCUUUGCCCUAGGUCUUUGCAUAGGCUAUAGGGGGCGUAAGCCAAGUGAAGGAGAAUCACUUUCAAUAGACUGAAACAUGUUAGUUGAUUAGGAAGUCAAUUAAGUCUGAGAGUCGGCGAACAAAAUGAUUCUGCUAGAGCAAUAGUAAACUAGAUAUGACUUUUAGUUGACUAGCAGCUUUAGUAUUUAACUAAAGGUAAAUAAUUCCAUGACAUAGCCGACUGGAGAAGCAUUCCAAUUGACUAGAGGUAGACAAAAUUGAUACAUUGAACAUCUGUGUACUUGUAACUUUGCAUAAAAUCUUUCUUAAUUCUCAUGCGAACAAGUAUUAAGUGCUCAAAGCUUCCAAGGGAAGAUGAAGGUUUCAACAAAAGUCCUUUGUAAUUUCCUUCUCACUUAAGAUAUUCAUUUCAUCAUCUGUUUGAGAGAAGGGACAUAUUGUUUAGUUCAACAUCUCUUAUGAAAAAGUAAUUUUAGUGGAUAUUGGAGCGUGAUAUAUCAGGUGCGCCAUAGGCUAUGGAUUAGAAGCAUACUCUUUGAAUUACGUUAUAUUGUAAUGUAUUAAUAUUGUGGAAUGUUUUAUUCUUAUUUUUGCUGUCUCUAUUCUUGACACGAUAACUGAAUACACAUGAGCACGCAUAUGCUACUAACAAUUUAUAUUGUCUUUGUAUUUGAAGGAUAUAUUUUUUUGUCUAGUAAAACGUAUUCACCUAUGAAAUUUAGGUCUACCAUCUCAUUUAAUUACCUUAUCUGAUGUUAUACUUUGAAUAUUUGAUGUUGUGCCUUGGAUAUUUGAUACAUGAUCACGUAUCCGUUGCUUUUCAUAUUUAACUAGUUCUGCUUGGUUGUGUAUAAUUGUGUAGGACCUUUGAUAUUUAAUUACCCCUUUUUAUUGUAUGCAGAUGCUUAUCUUGUUGUAUUGUUUGUUUAUUUUCUCGGUUAUCUUAAUGUAUCCAUUACUACUAUCAUGCUUUAUUUUAUUUUAUUUAUUUAUUUAUUUUUACAAGUGUGUUUGCUAUAACAUGAUAAUUUUUACUUCUUUGAUAGUCGAUGUUUGUCAAAAGAGUAGUUAUUUAAGUAAGCUUUCCUUGGUUUAUUGGCUUGUCAUUCUUGUUGAAUGCUAAUGCUACUUAAUGUGAUAUUGUGUUAUCAUGUUGUGAUCAUGUAUAUUGUAUGGUGAUAUUAUUGUGAUAUAUCAUAUUAUGAUCAUGUUCAUGAUCAUGUAUAGAUCAGUGCAACUCUUGUUUAUGUUGUUGGAGUGGGUAGCGUAUGGAGAAUGGAGAUGUUUCUAUAUACAGUGGAGAUUGUAAGUUUUUCGUCAAAAAGGUAGAGUUCUGCCUCAAGAAGCAGGCAACUUGAGGGUGUCGUUUCCUUGUUUAAUAGCUUGAAUUGAGAGAACUCAAGGACCUAGAUCCAAUAAACUUGAGUGUCAGUAGCCUAAUUCAAGGGUGAAUUUCAAGAUAGGUUAAGAGUUUUGGGCUCUGAGUGAAAAUUGGUUUGAGUUGAAUCUAAUUUUCAUUCAUGCUUACUAUUGUUUAUACCUAAUUUAAGCUAUUUGUCAAAGGAUGAUUGUCGGUUCCUUGUGAUUAGCAAUAAUAAUAGGAUUUUAAUGUUUGAUUAAUGCAUUUAAGUUAAAAUUGUAAGUGGAGCUGGUAGUGAAGCUACCAUUCAAUGUGCCAAGGUAACGAGCAUAAAAGAUUCAUUGAAGACUACGAAUUUUGUAUCUGAUUGAUGGUUUUUCGUGGAGCUUGUAAGUUGGCUAUAAGGGACUUUUGAGAUAAUGCCAGUCGAGUAAAAGAAAACAUAACCCUUUUGCUCCUAGGCAUUUGACCAUACAGCCAAUAAGAUUGAAAAUAAAAGUAUUCUAUUCCUAGGUCAGUGCCAGUGAUUGUUCUCUAGGCAAUCAAUCAAUUAACAACAUGUUUCAUAUGGGCAUCAAUAUAUAAGCUUUAUGGAGUUUGUUUGGAUUCAAUAAAUUAUCUUAUUGUUCGUUCCUAUUUGAUCAUCUUCCUUCUGUAACUUGGCUUUGUUUUUUUUUUUACACUUCAUGUCACCAUUCACGCAGCCCCGCACCAACUGUACGAACACACGUAGCCAGCGCCCGCUCCCUAUGACCAUUCAUGCAGCCAAAGCAUAAAACGGUUUCGCAAGCGUCCAAAACCCCCGAUAGGAGAUAACGAGACGACGAAAACGUACCCGAAAAGGAGCACAAUCCUUUCUAUAAAUGCGCAACGGACAAGACUCGUAUCAAACGGUCCGUUACAAGGUGACAGUGGGCGGUUUCAAGUGCAACUCCAUCCACCCACCAACACAUGCGCCACGUCCUUCCAAAUCUGACCGUAGCGGCAGUUUUCUUUCCCUCUCCCAGUCGUCUCCCUUUUCGUGCGUGAACACGUAACCAAGAAGAAAAGGAUGACUCGUCUCAUCUCUCAUGCAAUAUUAGAAAUCAUGACACAUGCAGAGGAUAAAAGGCCAAAAUAAAAAAAAUAAAUGAAAUAUUUUAUAACAUAAAUGUAAAAAAAAAAAAAAAAUUGAGGAAGCAGGUGGAAAGGAAGCAGCUCGCCCUGCUGCCCCCCUUAGCACCUACCUGCAACGGCCCCUGAACAGUCCAAAACAAGGCCUUUUACUGUGGGGGAUAUCAAUUACCCUUCUGUUUUUUUGUCAAUUCUACCAAACAACUAAUGGAACUCCACCGUGCAUGCCAACUCUUAAUACUUUUUUUGUGAAGGAGGCGACAGGUUCAAAUUCCAAGAUAUCACUUUUGGAAGAAAUGUUAGAAUGAUUACCUAUGAGAAGCUCUCUUAAAGAAAAAACAAAAGAAAGGGAAACCUUUUGAAGUUGAAAGAAGAGCAUAGCAUAGGGAAUCAAACACUUUAAACUGUUUAUGCUUAACCUUUCUACAAACAUGAGUUCAUAAGAACAAAAUUUAGUUAAUAAUAUCAAUUCGCUGACAUUAGAUCAUAUUACUUCUUCCUCCUCCUCUCCCCUUAUGAACGAAGGCUUGUAAAUUUAGAAUUGUCACUGGUGAUAUAGUGGCCGCUUUCAUAAUGAAGAAAUCAAUCAGUAAAUGUCAAAUGCCAUGGUUAAUUGUCUUUUCCCCUGAAGAUCUACAGGAAAAGCAAAAAAAAAAAAAACAACUAUGUUUUUGAGAUUGAUUAAAAGCAAUCUGAAAUAAGAAGUUAAAGAUAAGUUUGGGAGGAGUCAUGGGAAGGACAAGAGUUGGGAAAAGGGUACACUGAAUAAAGUUGUACAAGUACCACGAAAAUUGAGAUGGUCAACUAGCAAAGGCAGCAGUAGUUCCUCCAUUUAUGGGCAGAUUUGUUUGUUUUCCUUUUCAGCCAAUAUUUUUGUUUGGUGUUUAUCUGAAUCGACUUGUGUUUUUUGGGGCAUUGUGCCUGCUAAUGGACAAGGGAGUUCUGGUGAUUUUGCCCAGGCCGAGAGAGACAGGGUGCAGCUCCAAUAUAAAGGAGAACGGUGAGAAGACUCAGACUUCCCACCCACACGAGUGGCUUCCUUUUGAAUCAAAUCAAACUCUCUGUCCCUCCCUAAUAUCAUUUGUCCUCGUGUCUCACUCGUCACUCCAGUCUAUUAUCAGUAGCUUUCGUCUGUUGCCCCGAUUAAUAUUAUAACUUUUAGGAAAGAUGAACCUAAGGGGGUUGUCAUCGGUAUUAUUGGCGUCUGAAUCUGGCCGGAUUUGAGUAAAUUUUUUUUUACUGUCGAUCUAAACUCUUGCUCAAAUUUGACCAAAUUUUGAUACCUAUGGUAUUGAUGGCGAUUCUUUUGAGUUCAUCUAUCUUAAAGGUUCAAAGAUUAUAGUGUUGAUCGGGAUGAUUAUCUGAGACCGCCGGCGAUAGAAUAGGACGAUAUGUGAGAUAGGCAGAUAGAUUUGGAGAGAGGAUUUUAACUCUUUCUGAACCCUGUGAUUGCGUCCCCCAAUGCUCACACCCCCCACAGUGUUAUCAGUCUCAGAAUAAGGGAAGCAUGGAGACAGCUCACAGGUGUGUGUGUGUUAUAGAGAGAGAGAGAGAGGACGCUCGGUUUCCUUCUAUCAAUGUUAAUGCUGUCUUCCCCCACUUCACCCUUUGAUCUCCUCCAUCUUCAUGUUGUGUAGGUCUCGUUCCUCAAACAUCCUGAGAAAGCAAUAACAACAGUGCUUCAUUAAAUUCUUUUUUUUCUUUGUUUGUUUGUAUUUUUUUCUUCUUCUUCUUCUGGUCCUUUUUGAAGAAGUAAAAUGGCUUCGGAUGAGAUGAAACCUGCUGGUGACAUUGGGCUGUUUGCUGGAGGACCACUUCUGCCUUCAUUCGUUGGAUCUUCUGCUUCUUCUCCUCCUUCUAGUUCUAGGGAGAAGGGCUUGGUUAGCAGUGGUGAACAAGCUUGGGGAUUGCAGUGUUUUGCAGAGGGAAAGGAGUACCAUGAGAAAGGCGAGAAGAGCAGCAACCAAGGCGAGGAAGCUGAUCAAGCUGGCGACGACAGUUUCAAUCUCGAGAGCGUGCAACAGCAGCAGAAGCUCUGUGUCAGGGGUCACUGGAGACCAGCCGAGGAUGCCAAGCUCAAGGAGCUUGUCUCUCAGUAUGGCCCUCAGAAUUGGAAUCUGAUUGCUGAGAAGCUGGAAGGAAGAUCAGGGAAGAGCUGCAGGCUGAGGUGGUUCAACCAGUUGGACCCAAGGAUCAACAGAAGUGCCUUCACUGAGGAGGAAGAAGAUAGACUUUUGGCUGCUCACAGGCUUUAUGGCAACAAAUGGGCACUGAUUGCCAGGCUCUUCCCCGGGAGGACAGAUAAUGCAGUGAAGAAUCAUUGGCAUGUGAUCAUGGCAAGGAAGCACAGAGAGCAAUCUGCCUAUAGGAGGAGGAAGCCCACCGCUAUUUCUUCCUUAGACUCUCCUCCACUUCCACCUCACACCCUUGUUUCCAGAAGGAUGGAGCUGAACAUACCCAUCAAUGCUUGCAGUGGUGACUCCUCCACCAUCACCAGCAUCAGAAACGAGUCCGCCUCCACCUGCACUGACCUCUCCCUCAAUUCCUCCUUCACCAGGACUUUUCCUACCUUCUGCAGUCCUCUCCAAACCCAAUCCUUCCCUCCCUGUGAUAUCUUCAGUGGAUUGAAUGUCUCUGGAGUCGCCCCCAUGGAGAAAGAACCUGCGAUCGAUCAUCCUAAUUACUCGACUGCCGAGGCUUCUGCAAGGAGCAACGCUUGGCCACAAGGGGAAGCAGAUCAUGGAAGAGAGAAGAUCAGGAUAGCCUUCAUUGAUUUCCUUGGUGUUGGUGCAACAUAGGAGAUAAGGGAGUAGGCAAGGGAAGUGACCAGAGCCGGGCAAGGCAAAGCAAAAGUGAGGAGGAAAAUAUACACAUUUCGAGUCGAGUGUGAAAGAGAAGGGAAAUUUUGUAGCAGCAGCAAACCUAUACUUUGCUGCUUGGAUCUUUAAUUAAUUUAUGUAUGAACUUUCCCCUUCCUUCAUUCCUAGUAAGCCUCUACGUUCCAUAUAUAAGCCAAGGCACAUGCAAACUCUUGAUUGAUCUCUUCCACUAUUUGCUGCUUAGUUGUUGAAUCGUUCUCUGUUCUGUUGUCUUGUCCUGUCUUCCUGAAGACAUG